UUUGCUAUUUCGCCCGUUCGGAGACGGAUCAGCUCGUAGAAAUCGUGUAGAUUAAUCAAAAAAGCUUUUCCACUAGGAUCUUUGAAUUUCGUUGUAAAAGCUGCUGAGAGUGUCUAAGAAAAAACAGAAUAAAGAAUGGAGUCUCUAAAUAUAGCAGAAAGUUGCCGUGCUUGUCAGAUCAAAACUCAGAGAGAAUCUCAGAUAUUCAUAUUUGCCACAACCAAUCUCCAUGACAUCUUCCAAGAAACCACAUCCCUGGACAUUCAUGAGAACGAUGGACUACCCAAAUUACUAUGCUUCACCUGUUACAAUCGCCUCUUGGAAGCCUACAACUUCCGGAAAAUGUGCUCUACCACGGCAUUGCACUUUCAGCAGAUCCUGUCAAUGGAUAUCCCUGAGGAGAAAUACACCCCACCUGAAGACCUAAGUGAUCCACUGUUGGGUACGAAGACAGAUCCUGAUGAUUCAGAUUCAUCUAACUCUCCUCCAGAAAAGAAAUAUUCCCCUCCGGAUAGAGACUAUUCACCACUUGAAAGUUCUGAGACUCGUGUAAUGACACCUCCGAUGCCUCCAAUGAUCGCCAAUAAGAAGAGAAACAAAGUUUCUGACCCGCCUACUUCAGAGAAUCCUGUAGAUAAAAAGCCACUAGUACCAAAGGAAGAUCCUGACGAUGACACUCCUCUGACUUCCAGAAAGGUGAGGAAAACGACCAAAAGGCAAGCCAAAUCUUCAAAGUCUCAUAAGAGGAAGAGACCCAUUAUUCCGGGAGAACCGCUAGUACUAGAGUGCAGCCUGUGCAAUUGCAAGUUCCGACGGAAGAUGCGUCUGGAGAUGCACAUGAGGGAGAAGCAUCUGGGAUUGAAGCCCUGUCAGUGUAAAGUCUGUGGAAAGGGAUUCAGUCGAAUUAAUGCGCUGAAGGGGCACAUGGGAACACAACAUGGAGAAAAGAGAAGAUUCCCAUGUCCGGAUCCCAAAUGUAAGAAUCAGUAUGACACAGAGGAAGGUCUCAAGUAUCAUGUGAAGAAGUGGCAUGAUCCGGAAAAUCCUAGGCAGAAGGCCAAAGCUAUUGAGAGAGUGUGUGAAGUAUGUGGGAAGUCUUUCAAGACAUCUACGGAUCUCCUUAGGCAUGGUUAUAGUCAUGGAGUAAAACAGCCCUACGGAUGCAAGCUCUGCCCAACGAGAUUUCCCACGCCCAGUAAGCUCAGAAUGCAUAUGAUGCGACAUGAAGGGAUUAAAAAUCAUGUGUGUACAGUUUGUGGACUCCGGAAGGUCACAGCUAAAGAGUUGAAAGUUCAUAUGAACACUCACACGAGGGAAAAGUUCUAUUCUUGUGAAUUCUGUCCACAUACGACCAUACAACUGGACAGUAUGAGGCGCCAUAUUAAAGUAGUUCAUCAGGGAGUGAAGGACUUUCAUUGUCCACACUGUGAGAGAUCGUUCGGAAAGGCAGAGACACUUAAGCAUCAUGUGAUGACCCAUACAGGAGAGAAGCCACAUGCCUGCAAGGAAUGCGGGAAGAGAUUCAUCCAACCGACAGCCCUUAAGACUCACAUGAAGACUCAUCUCAAGGCUAAGUAAACCGGAUCGGCCUGAAGCCUCCAGAGGCAAGCUUCAUAUCACCCCAAAGAGUCGACUUUCCCAGGUGUUUCUUCUCUUCGAAAAAUCGGAUCGUGCGAAAAUUUGCACGCAAUAAAUCUUCAAAGCAAGUCAAAA